CUCCCUCGGGGCGAUGGCUGCCCGGCAGCGCUUCCAGUUCGCCAUCGACCGCGGCGGCACCUUCACCGACGUCUUCGCCCGCUGCCCCGGGGGGCGCGUGCGCGUGCUGAAGCUGCUCUCCGAGGACCCCGCCAACUACCGCGACGCGCCCACCGAGGCCAUCCGGCGCCUCCUGCAGCAGGAAUGCGGCAGCCCCUUCCCGAAAGAGGAGCCGCUGGACACGUCGCGCAUCGAGUGGAUCCGCAUGGGCACCACGGUGGCCACCAACGCCCUGCUGGAGAGGGCGGGCGAGCGGCUGGCCUUGCUCAUCACCAAGGGCUUCCGCGACCUCCUCGCCAUCGGCACCCAGGCCCGCCCCAAGAUCUUCGACCUGGCAGUGUCUGUGCCCGAGGUGCUGUAUGAAGCAGUGGUGGAAGUAGAUGAACGCGUCAUCCUGCAUCAGGAAGGAUGCCAGAUUUUUGGCAAACAGCAGGUAGUCACAGGUGUGACAGGCGACUCCUUGGUGGUGCAGCGCCCCGUGGACCUGGAUGCCCUGCGGGAGCCGCUGAAGGAGCUGUUGGCAAAGGGGAUCCGCAGCCUUGCCGUCGUGCUUCUCCACUCCUACGCGUGGCCGAAGCACGAGGAGCAGGUGGGAGCCCUGGCCCGGGAGCUGGGCUUCCGGCAGGUGUCGCUCUCCUCCGAGGUGAUGCCGAUGGUGCGGGCCGUGCCCCGGGGCUACACCGCCUGUGCAGACGCCUACCUCACCCCUUGCAUCAGCCGCUACCUGGAGGGAUUUCGGGCUGGCUUCGCUUCCCAGCUCCAGAGUGUGCCUGUCCUGUUCAUGCGCUCUGACGGCGGCCUCACCCCCAUGGAUGCCUUCAGCGGCUCUCGCGCCAUCCUCUCAGGCCCGGCCGGGGGAGUCGUGGGCUAUGCAGUCACUACCUACCGCCAGGAGGGAGGGCAGCCCGUCAUCGGCUUCGACAUGGGCGGCACCUCCACGGACGUUAGCCGCUAUGCGGGGGAGUACGAGCACGUCUUUGAGGCCACCACCGCUGGCAUCAGCAUCCAGGCCCCCCAGCUGGACAUCAACACGGUGGCUGCGGGAGGCGGCUCCCGGCUCUUCUUCCGGUCUGGGCUCUUUUUGGUUGGCCCUGAGUCGGCAGGGGCCCACCCUGGCCCCGCGUGCUACCGGAAAGGGGGGCCCCUGACGGUGACAGAUGCCAACCUGUGCCUGGGGCGUCUCCUGCCUGAGUACUUCCCCUGCAUCUUUGGGCCGCACGAGGACCAGCCGCUCUCCCGGGACGCCACCCUGCAUGCCUUCCAGGAGCUCACCGCCAGCAUCAAUGCCUCCCUGGGGCCCCGGGCAGCCCUCAGCGUGGAGGAGGUCGCCAUGGGCUUCAUCCGGGUGGCCAACGAAGCCAUGUGCCGGCCCAUCCGGGCCCUGACCCAGGCCCGGGGUCACGAUACGUCGCGGCAUGUCCUCGCUUGUUUUGGUGGCGCUGGUGGGCAGCAUGCCUGUGCCAUCGCUCGGACCUUGGGCAUGAGCAAAGUCUUCAUCCACAAGUACAGCGGGAUCCUGUCAGCCUACGGACUGGCUCUAGCCGACGUGGUGCACGAAGCCCAGGAGCCUUGUGCUCUUCCCUACGCACCCCAAGCCUUCCCCCGGCUGGACAGCCGCAUUGCAGCCCUGGAACAGGAGUGCAUCCAGGCUCUAGAGGCCCAGGGCUUCUCCAGAGCCCAGAUCAGCACCGAGGCCUUCCUCCACCUGCGUUACGAGCGGACGGAUUGUGCCCUGAUGUGCUCGGCUAAGGGCCACCCGGCCACUGCUGCCUCCUGCCAGACUGGCGACUUUGGAGCUUCCUUCGCUGCCCGAUACCUGCAGGAGUUUGGCUUCACCAUCCCUGCCCGGGCUGUCCUGGUGGACGACAUCCGCGUGAGGGGCACAGCCACCACUGGCCUGGGGCAGGAGGAGCCCGUUGCUGCCAGCAAAGCCGCUGCCCGCGUGGAGAAGGUGACUUGCUGUUAUUUUGAGGGAGGCUACCAGGACACCCACCUCUACCUGCUGGAGGACCUCACCUGGGGCCACCGCAUCCCGGGCCCCAGCAUCCUGAUCGACCAGAACAGCACCAUCCUGGUGGAGCCGGGCUGCACGGCGGCUGUGACCCGCCUGGGGGACAUCUGCAUCACAGUGGGCUCUGGGGCGGCCUGUCCUGUCGGUCCCCAGCGGGAUCCCAUCCAGCUCUCCAUCUUCUCCCACCGCUUCAUGAGCAUCGCAGAGCAGAUGGGGCGGAUCCUGCAGCGCACGGCCAUCUCCACCAACAUCAAGGAGAGGCUGGACUUCUCCUGCGCCCUCUUUGGGCCGGACGGGGGGCUGGUGUCCAAUGCCCCCCACAUCCCGGUCCACCUGGGGGCCAUGCAGGAGACUGUGCAGUUCCAGAUCUGGAACCUGGGCUCUGACCUCCGUGAGGGGGACGUGAUCCUGAGCAACCAUCCAUGUGCUGGUGGGAGUCACUUGCCCGAUCUGACGGUCAUCACUCCGGUGUUCUGGCCGGGAGAGCCGAAGCCGGUGUUCUUCGUGGCCAGCCGGGGGCACCAUGCAGACAUUGGGGGCAUCACACCGGGCUCGAUGCCCCCGCACUCCCACUCCUUGCAGGAAGAGGGCGCCGUCUUCGUUUCCUUCAAGCUAGUCGAGGAUGGAGUCUUCCAAGAGGAGGAGGUCACCAAGGCCCUGAUGGCUCCGGGGCAGAUUCCUGGCAGUAGCGGCACGCGCAGUCUCCAUGACAACCUGUCUGACCUGCGUGCUCAGGUGGCAGCCAAUCAGAAGGGGAUCCAGUUGGUGAAUGAGCUGAUUGGCCACUACGGGCUGGAGGUGGUGCAGGCGUACAUGGCUCACAUCCAGGCCAAUGCAGAAGAGGCCGUUCAGGAAAUGCUGCGGGACUUUGCCCGGUGCCGGGGAGAGCCAGAGCGGCCCCUGCUGGUGGAGGCAGAGGACUUCAUGGACGACGGCUCCCCCAUCCGGCUCAAAGUGGCUGUUGACCCCCAGGAGGGCAAGGCUGUGUUUGACUUCAGCAGCUCUGGCCACGAGGUCCACGGGAACUGCAACGCCCCCCGCGCCAUCACCCUCUCGGCCCUCAUCUACUGUCUGCGCUGCCUGGUGGGCCGAGACAUCCCGCUCAACCAGGGCUGCCUGGCUCCGGUGAGGGUCGUCAUCCCCAAGGGCUCCAUCCUGGACCCAUCCCUGGAUGCUGCUGUCGUGGGGGGGAACGUGCUGACUUCCCAGCGGGUGGUCGAUGUGAUCUUCCGGGCCUUUGGGGCGUGUGCCGCAUCUCAGGGCUGCAUGAACAACAUCACCUUUGGCAAUGAGCGUGUGAGCUACUAUGAGACGGUGGCCGGAGGGUCUGGGGCAGGGCCCGGCUGGCACGGCAGGAGUGGUGUCCAUACCCACAUGACCAACACACGCAUCACGGACCCCGAGAUCCUGGAGAAGCGGUAUCCGGUGAUCUUGAAGUGCUUUGAGCUGGCCCGAGGCACAGGGGGGAACGGGCAGUUCCGAGGGGGGGACGGGGUGCUGCGGGAGCUGCAGUUUCGGGCGCAGAUGGUCCUGUCGGUGCUGAGUGAGCGGCGUGCUUUCCGGCCUUAUGGCCUGCAAGGUGGAGAAGCGGGGUCCCCCGGGCUGAACCUGCUGAUCCAACGGGAUGGCCGGACCCUCAAUCUGGGUGGCAAGACCUCUGUGGCUGUGUUUCCGGGGGAUGUCUUUCGCCUGCAGACCCCUGGAGGAGGGGGCUUCGGACCACCCACUGAGGCUGCAGCACCCAAGGAGGGGCUGGGGGUGCCCCCCAGAGGCAGGCCCUUUGCAGAGAGGGGCAGCGUCUACGACUAUCGCCUGGCCCAGGAGACAGCAUGA